CCCCUUCUCAACGUAUUUGGCCCCUAUGGUGGCUGGCAACGUCUCCGUUUUUGGUGCUUUUUCCCUCCAUCCGAAGACUACAGAAAAAAACAAAAACUUGAGUUCUCCUCUUCCAGGCUCCACUCACCGCGCCAUCUGUCUCCCCGGAGUCUCGACAGCUGUCGCCCGAAUGGAUCAAGGAAAACCUGUCCUCCUUAUUGCUCCUGAUCUCCCCUUAAAAGAUCUUGAGCAGACAAGAUUUGGAAUCAUCCUUGGGACACCUUCGGAGGGGGAAGAUCCAUCCCCACCAAGAGAAGCUGAACUUACACUGGAGCUUUACUCCUGCGGGCGUCUCUUCGCCGCUCGGCCCCUCUCCUUAACCAUGAGAUCGGGAUUUGGGGACGCGGUCAAAGAAUUGCUCUGUGGCUUCUCAACCAAUUCCGCCAAGGACAAAGACAUGGGCGUUCAAAGAAGCCACAGCUGGGAGCCAGUCAAGAUGCAGGCUCAGCCAAGGCAGAAGGUCGAACGAGACGCAGCCUUCACACGACAGAAAGCCCAGCGUGCUUCUUUCAGAGCUCAUUUGCGGGAGAAAUACAAUCUCCCAAAGAACCCGGCCGACGAAAAGCAGCUGGAAGCCGCGGGGGCGAAGCCUCAGCUGCCGCGAGACCUUCUGAGCAUCGCGCAACCCAACAGAGCCUGGCCAGCCCCUCCCAACCGCCCCAGCUUUGGCGGCAUCGAUUUCGACUCCUUGCAAGCGAGCCUCCGGAGCCCAGCGCAGUCUUUCCCACGCCCGGGCCCAUGUCGUCUCAUGUGAACGCCGCGUCCUUUUUCUGAGGAUGCGGGAAAUAAAAAUAUAUAUAUAUUUGUGUAGGGGGCAAAGCCGGACUUCUGGGAGGCUCCUUCGGCCCACGCCGUCUUGUACAACGUCCGAGUCUUGGUCGGAAGGGGGGGCUUUGGAUGAAGACUUGCUGAGAAGGCCCCCCGAUAAGGCAGCCUUUGUCCAGAUGUGGCUCUAUCGUUAAGUCGAGACCUUGGAUAAAGAAAUCCAAACUCUGGAUUGAUUCACUAAACAUGUUAAGCCUUUUAUUGCAUUAUGAGCAAUUUAUUCAUUUAUUAUUUAAGUGUAUACAGCUACCCAUCUCACCUACAUACAAUAAAGCAACCAGAUUAAAAAAACAA